GUGUGUUGGGGGGAGGAGGCUGUGUCUCGGUUUUCCUCAGUGGUCGCACGCGCUCCUCGGUACGCUGUAGGAGACACGAGCGGACGCACGAGGCAGCCGGAGUGGAUUAAGAGGGAGACGCGCGUGCCAUUACGCACCGAGCAGCUCCGGUGUGGAGCACGCGGAUUUAACGGGUCCCACAGAUGCGCGUUAUUUUCACCAUCAUCAUAAUUAUCAGUGUCGGUGACGUUACCGUGAGCGGACAGAGCGGGAAGAGACGAGAGCGGAAGCUGUCUGACGUCCAAACUCCGGUCCCGGUGUCACACCAACCGAACCGAGCGAGCGAGCACCGGGGGAAAGUUGGAGUAACGCGGCGGAGCUCGUGGAUGUUUAACGAGGAAAAGUGUUUCCAUGUAACCGGAUGAACCGUGGAUACUCCGACACGCGCUGCUGCACCGGAAUAUGUGGUCCAUAACGGACUCCGUGCGGGUCUGAGUCCACCGAGGAGGCGGAGGAGUAGGAGGUGGGGGUGGAGGUGGUCCAGGCUCUCCCCGUUACACCGUCUCCACGGGUAUCUGCUCGCCUCCAACAUGUCGCUGUUUACCGGGAGAGAGUGAGAGGCACACCGGGGAGACAGAGCGAGAGAACCGGAGCGGACAGCCCGGGAGACCGACCCUGAUCCGUCUGCAUGACCUGUGGGAUUACCGCCGGACUCGACAUGAUCCUGAUCCACGUCGUCACUUUGCUGCUCGUGCUGGAUGUGUGUGUGUGUGACUCGGAGCUGGGCCCGCCCGGGUGGAGGGAACCUCUGGACUGCGUCCGAGCCUCUGAGCUGUGCAACCAGAACAGCCAGUGCAGCUCACGUUACCGGAUCAUGCGCCAGUGCCUCUCUGGCGGGGACAAGGAGCGCAGCGCCAUGCUGGCCUCCAAGGAGUGCCAGGGGGCGCUGGAGGUGCUGCAGGACUCGCCGCUGUACGACUGCCGCUGCAAAAGGGGCAUGAAGAAAGAGCUGCAGUGUCUCCAGAACUACUGGAGCAUCCACAUGGGUCUGACUGAGGGUGAAGAGUUUUACGAGACGUCUCCCUACGAGCCGAUCCAUUUCUCAGAGGAAUUCAGACACGCCUCCAUCAUCUCAGACUCGUCUCUGUCGAAGCUGAGCCCCUGCUCUGAGGCGGGGAAACCCUGUAACCCCUGUCUGGACGCGGCGAAGGCGUGCAACCUCAACGAGACGUGCAAACGUCUACGCUCCGCCUACAACUCCAUCUGCAGCAAGGCCACGCCCCCUCAGCUCUCUCUGGCCAAUCAGGAGCCGUGCAGCCGGAAACGAUGUCAGAAGGUAGACGGAGCGCAGGCAGGUGGGCUUGUGUCCUUCCUGGUGCGAGCACGACGGCACGAUGGUGCGGCGGCGUGCGCCGAGCGCCGCCGCCGCACAUCGUGCCGUCGUGCUCGCACCAGUGAGAGGCACAAGCCCACCUGCCUGGAGCUGAGACGCACCUGCCGCUCCGACCCUCUGCAGCCUCUGAUCCAGGACCAGGAGCACAGGCUCAUCCAGUUUCCUCAUAGCUUCAUUCUCCUGCCGUCCGGACAAUGA